AUUUGGAGUCAAUUCUGAAAAAUUCCAAUCCAGACCCUCUCUUCCCUUCUCUAUCCUUUUCUCUGCACUUUCUCCUGCGCUUUUCAUUCCAAGUUCUUCCUCACAUAAAGAGGUAAAAUUUCUUCUCUCAUCUUCUUCCUCUUCGAAGAUAAUAAUACUUAGCUCAUGUAAAUGGGUUUGUCUUGUGAUCCAAUUAUACAUUUGACAACAAUGAUGAUGAUAAUAUGAUGAUUUCUAACUUCAAUCUGUAUUUUACGUCAAAAGAGGAGAGAAGAACUCUUUACAGGUGAAGCAGCAGCUGAACUUGAGGAAAAUGUCUGGUCUGAUGUCUGGAGUUGUGGUGCAGCCCAGAUGGUUGGUGUCACGCCCAUCGUCUUCCUCUGUUAAUUCUUCGAGCCACAGCAAUAAUGGCAGGUUUAAGAUUAAGAUGGCUGUUACUUCUGUGGAUGAGAAGAAAAAGGCUUACACCCUUCAAAAGUCUGAAGAAGCUUUCAACAAAGCCAAGGAACUCAUGCCUGGAGGUGUAAAUAGCCCUGUACGUGCUUUCAAAUCAGUUGGUGGACAGCCUAUUGUUUUUGAUUCUGUCAAAGGCUCCCGCAUGUUGGACAUAGAUGGUAAUGAAUACAUCGACUAUGUUGGUUCAUGGGGACCUGCCAUCAUUGGUCAUGCAGAUGACAAGGUACUUUCUGCAUUGGCUGAGACAAUGAAGAAAGGAACCAGCUUUGGUGCCCCAUGCCUGCUGGAAAAUGUUUUAGCAGAGAUGGUAAUUUCAGCAGUACCAAGCAUUGAAAUGGUUCGUUUUGUCAAUUCCGGAACUGAGGCAUGUAUGGGUGUUUUGCGGUUGGCUCGAGCUUUCACAGGCAAGGAGAAAGUAAUAAAGUUUGAGGGUUGUUACCAUGGCCAUGCAGAUCCGUUCCUUGUUAAAGCAGGCAGUGGAGUCGCCACCCUUGGUCUCCCUGACUCACCUGGUGUCCCAAAAGCAGCUACUUCUGAAACAUUAACUUCCCCGUACAAUGAUAUCUCAACUGUUGAAAAGCUUUUCGAGGCAAAUAAAGGAAGUAUUGCUGCCAUAAUUCUUGAGCCUGUUGUGGGAAAUGCUGGGUUUAUUCCUCCUACGCCUGAUUUUCUCAAGGCCUUGCGCCAGAUCACCAAGGACAAUGGAGCUCUUCUCAUCUUUGAUGAAGUUAUGACCGGUUUUCGUUUGUCCUACGGUGGAGCGCAGGAGUAUUUUGGCAUAACUCCAGAUUUGACUACUUUAGGUAAAGUCAUUGGUGGUGGCCUGCCAGUUGGUGCAUAUGGAGGAAGGCGGGAUAUCAUGGAGAUGGUGGCACCAUCGGGGCCUAUGUACCAGGCCGGGACACUAAGUGGAAACCCUUUGGCAAUGACUGCUGGAAUCCACACACUUAAGCGAUUACAAGAACCAGGCUCAUAUGACUACUUGGACAAGAUCACUAGUGAACUCAUUCAAGGAAUUGUGGAUGCUGGAAAGAAGGCUGGUCAUGCAAUCUGCGGAGGGUAUAUUCGAGGGAUGUUUGGGUUUUUCUUCACUGAUGGCCCUGUUUAUAACUUUGAAGAUGCAAAGAAGAGUGAUACUGCGAAAUUCGGUAGAUUUUACAGAGGGAUGCUUGAAGAAGGUGUUUACCUUGCUCCUUCUCAAUUUGAGGCUGGAUUCACCAGUUUAGCACAUACUUCAGAGGAUAUUCAGCAGACAAUAGCUGCGGCCGAGAAGGUUUUCCGGACAAUAUAGGCUUGUCUUCGUGGUCUUUUUCAAUCAUGACCUCGUCUGUUAAGGUUGCUCUAUUGUAGGCAAUGAGCAACAUUUGCAAUCAGAUCGUUUGUGGAAUUUGUAUGAUCAUUUAUAAUUUUUUGUGCAGUGAGAUCUGUGUUUGUGCUAGAACUUAAUCCUGUAACAAUAAAUACUUUUCUUCACCACCAAUUUUGCGUCAUGGUGCCAUGGUGUUUAUAGCAUUGGCAAAGGCUGGUUGUGGAAAUAGGGAUAAUCCUAGUCGUAAGGAUGAAUGAGGCAAAGCAGUGAGUGACAGGUAGCAAUAACUACAUCAGCUUAUAAAUAGAUAAUUCCAAUGGUAGAGAAGCUGUACUGAAAUUUGUAUUUUCUUUCAAAACACUACAAUGACGUAUUUUUUUCACAAUCAUGUAUAUCAACUUUCCUAUACCCUCAUUUACACGAUGCUAACAACCUCAUUUCUUAUGUCACAAAUAGCCUCAAAUUUUCCAGUAUAAGCUGCAGCCAACACACCAACCUGCUACCAUUGUAUGUUUGCAGAAACCUGAAUAUCCUGCUAAACGGCAAUGGCUUUGAAAGGGCAUCGGUUUCCAACAAACAGCAUCAACCUUUUCCAAUGCAAUUUUUUCAAAGAGAAUCAGCAAUGAACCUUUUCAUCAAUUAAGUCCAAAUUACCUGACCCCGAGAUGUUGGCAAAAUUUUCAGCAGGUCACUUGGUGAAGUUGAAGUGUAGAAUAUCCAAUCCUUUCAAAAGAUAUAAUUUAAACAUAAAACUCUUGUCUUCUUGAACAGACUUCUUGGGACAACUGCCCUUCUUCUUCUUCUUCUUCAUGCUUUAGUAGUUCCCCAUUUGAACUACAUAGGCUAGCAGACAAUGUAGGUGACAGAGGCGUGUAGUUGCCUUCAAUCCAUAAUGAUUAAGUAAGAAAUCUCACUCAAACAGACUGUCAUGUACUGGCAUUAAAAUUUGGAAAAAAAAAAUUAAUUUCUACCUCUGAAUGACGAGCUUCUCUCAAAGUCCUUCGUGACAUGUAGUAAGAUGGUACCUGAGAGAACGACAAUAAAGCCACAAAUUUCUGAUAUGAUGCUGCCAGCACUUUGACCAUCCCAAUCCUACAAGUGACAUUGCCUAAAUGAAUAGAUAGCUGAGGAAAUAGAAAAUACGUGCAUUCCCAGGGGAAAACAGAAAAAACAAAGGAAGAUAUAUUGGCAGAACCAGCUUUCAAGUAAACCAAUAUUCCAGACCAAGUAAUAGGCCAUUCGACUUCAGCUAGUAACUCAUGUAAUCACAUAAAAAUAGUCAAGAAAUUCUCCCCAGCAGUUUCGAAUCAGCUUUCAGAGCAAUCAAAAUUAGAGGGAAGUCCAGAAGGAAAAUCUUAAAAGUUACGAUAUUGAAACAAAUGGUAAUUUGAACAUAAUGUUGCUUGCUACGAUGGUAAACAUUAUAAAUGAGAGAUGUGGGGAACUUUCAGGAAGCAAAAAGAAUAGGGCAGAACUGGUUUUCAGGUAAAGCUAUAUACGAAGACUAAUUAACAGACUCUCGAACUUCAGCUAAUAUCUUGUCUCCAAACACAUUAGAACAGCUAUUUUAAAUCAACUUCUAAAAUAUAGGCAGGUGCCGUAAAGGAAAGUAUUAAAAUAUAGUCACAUUGGAUUAAGUGUUACCUUGAACAUAAUGAUGCUUGCUACAAUUGUCAAUGAGGUGAACAAGACAUAGUAUAUGGGAGAGACAAUAGCAGUAUUGAAGGUGUCAAGGGCCUGAAAAAUCAAGUAUCAUUAAUGUACAAGAACUACAGAAAAUUACUAGAAUGCUGUAUAAAGGUUAAGAAACCAUGUCGGAUAAAGCAAACAAUUGAAGUCCACAGAAACCAGAGAUAUCCAACCAGGAAAACUUUCAAGCUUUGAUUUAUGUCCCCAUAAACAAUAAAGGAAAUGGUCAUUAUUUCCAGCACAUACAAAACGUUAAACACAUCAGCAGCAGGGAUGAAUGAUGGAACAAUUCUGCCACAUUCAUUCCGAGUCUCAUCAGUGAGUUUAAGGUUAAUAACUUGAAUUUCAGCAUCAGUGUCAAAAAUGAACAAUUUGACUUCUGUGAAAGAAUUAUACAUGCUGCAAGUGAGCGCUGAGGGGGAAGUUAACAAAACUUCUUCUGCAUGAAUACCAAAUUCAGCAUCCAGAAUACCAUUCAUAUAAAGGAUAUAUCAUGAUAAUUUAGCGACAAGAAUAAGUGUGGUAGCUGUCUGCCCUAACUUUUCAUCCAAUGGCCAAAAUACAGGUAAUAGAUGAAAUUUGCCACAAUUUUCAGUCUGACGCGUUACCCAUAUCAAACUAUGGUGGCAUGAAAAUCUUGUCCAAAAGAAAAGAGCAGGGCACCCAUUAAAUCAUAUUAAUGAUGUUCAUUGGCAUGCCAAACAAGGACAUUGCAAAUGUUCAGUGUUUUGGGUAUAAUAUUUGAAACCGGAGCCAAGUUUGCCGCAUUAGCACUGUACCAAUGCUUACAACAUAUUAUGAGAAAACUCAUUGAUAUUUUAAAAAUUUAACGUCAGUGUCAAGAAUAAUUUCCUUCAACCCAGGCAUCCAGAGCCCCUAAAACUAGGAAUCUGCUAUAUUUUUAAACUACUCUUCACCCAACAGUCCCCAUUCAAAGCAACUGGCCACCAGGUAAACUUAAAAAGGUUGAAAGUUAAUGGAGAACUGCUAACUUAACACCGAUGAAACCUAUAUUUUCACUGCCAACAGCUAAAUGAUUUAAAGAUAGCUCUUAUGAAGAAAAAACUAGCACUCUGGCAGUAGAACCUAGGAAAAGUGCAAGAGAGAUUGUGAUGUCCAGACCGAAGUCAAUUUCAUGCUUCAGUCUCCAGGUGUCAGGAUGGCUUUGUAUUAUUUGAGUCAAAACUGAGUCCUAAUAAUUAUUGUCAUUUUUUAAAAGUUCAGGGAAUUUUUUUUUUAAAAAAGAAAUUGUGUUUCACAUACGGGUCCCAAGUCUUAAAACGGCUGAGCUAGGUCUAGCAAAAACGUUUCUUGCAAUUCCGUUCAGAAGUGUUGGCCUGUUGAGCUAAAACUAGCAGAUUUUUUUAUUUCAGAUGAAGCAGAGGUAUUCACUCUGGGAUGGUAGAAGUCCACCAUCCCAAGUUCAAAACAAUUCUAAUGUAUGGUUACAAGUUCAUAACCGAAAGGCUCUGAAGUCUAUUCAGUAUUUUCAAUGAAAAAUCAUUCCUCCAACUGCAGUAUAAUUGUCAAUGAAAAAUCAUUCCUCCAACUGCAGUAUAAUUGUUUUAAGGACUACAAAGUGGUGAAUGCUGCUUGAACAGUUGUCUUGUCAGACACUAAUGUUUAUGUCAAGGAGUAAGGAUGCAAUGGGCUCUGCGAGCAAACAUAUGACAGUUAUGCCAGCAGAUAAUUGAAUUACCUCUCUAGCUUUAGUAACCAUAUGUGUUCAAAUGUUAACUUAAAUCGAAUGUUUCACAUGAUGCGAUGCACCAAUACCUCCAAUCCUUUGAUUUACUCACAAAAAAUAAUGCGUUAUAAUAAUAAUAAAAAAAAAGAAUGAUGAUUGAGAGGGAUAACUGUAUCUAGUGAAAAGUGCAGCAGGUCUCAAAUUUGACGAGUCAGUUCUCCAACAUUGAAAUCAGGAUUUUAAGCUUCAGAAGGUGAAAGUAGAAAAAUGGAGGAUAUAAUCAAUGAUAAAUUUCAUUUAUGUUGAGUUUUUUUGAAUAAGAAAUCAUGGUUUUCCAGACUCCAAGACUCUAAUGCAUGUUUCAAACAAAGGUCUUCCCUUGGAUUCACUUUUACCAAAUCCUUGUAACAUAAGCAAAUGUAAUAGGCUAUUUGUGAUGUUUAGCCCAGUUUUAAAUGCUUUGCAACCAAUAAAAGUAUUAAAAAUAAAAACAGAAGGUUAAAGAUAGAAGUUUCUAGAGUUAUGUUUCCUGCACAAGAUACAGAUCCUCUACAUUGUUUUCAAGCAAACAGAGCAUUACUAUUCCAAAACUAACAAGAAAAGCAAUCAAGAAAAGUAAAGAGAAUGAAAAGACGAUGACUUCAAGAUAACAAAUAAUGCAACUGGACAACAUAAAGAGAAGAAAAAGUGGCUUUUUAUUAUUUAUUUUUCUCCCUCAGAUUCUCACUACAUGCCUGGUAUAUGAACAUUUUGGAUAACACUUUAAACAAAACAACCGUGACAUUCAUUAAGCAUUGCUGAAAGUUAAUACUUACCUUAUUAAGGUAAUUCAUUUGAGUGAUGACAGAAACAGCCACAACAAUCAUGAAAAACCAGGUUUCUGGAUAGAUCAACUGGUUUCUUCCUUCGAAAGUCAAUUUCAUUGCAGUUCCAACAGCUUUUACACUCAUGACCUGCAGAAUUAACUUUAAAUUAUUAGUAACUUUUUCUAUGUACAAGCAUGGUAACGAGAAGAAUAGUUGAGAAAGUUUGAACAUGUUAAUAAAGUUGCCUAACGAAAGACAUGGUUUAUGGAAACAAACGAAGAAACUUAUUCAGAGGGAUCACAGAGCAAUCUGUUAUUAUUUGGAAGCAAAAAUAAAAAAAUAAAAAAUAAAAUGAGAUGAGCGAUUCUCCAACUUUAUACUGAUUCUCCACAAUAUAUUAAAUUUAUGUAUAGGUGAAGGAAACUAACAAAGCCAUAAAAGGCAGAAUGGAACGAUUCCUGAAAAUGUAGUUCCCUAGUUACUAUAAACAAAAAUCACAGGACUAAAAGUUCUCAAGUCAAAUGUCCUGGAUAAGUUUAAAAUUAUCAAUUAUAUUUGGUUUGCUUCUGAAGAUAUUAUAAUCAGGUAGACAUCAUGAGUCUACCGAUUGAUUUUCAUGUUAGGAUACUCAAACAUUUAAGAUACAAGGAAAAAGCCAUGGUAAAAGCAAUGAUUGUAUGAAUAUACCGAGAGAGAACCCAUGAGUGAGCAAAUGGCAGUAAAAACGAGCACAUUCGUGUGGCCGUAUUGAGGUGCAAAAUAGAAGACAAGAAUAAACACCAAAACCACAACUGAUCCCACGUACAUCAGAAAAGCUGAAAUUAUAAAGGAUGGAUGGUGUAAGAAACUAUAAAUGCUUCUUAUAAGUCGAAGUGCACGCGACAAAACUAAUAGUUAUUUCUAACCAGGUUGAGUAGCAAUAUUCCAUAUUUCUUGGACAGAGGAGAUGGACUGUUCCUGUGGCGCAUGUAUAACAAUAAUGACAGAACCAGCUAUACACAUUACACAACCCAAAACCCCCAGUUGGUGCAGCCUCUCUUUCAAGAUAAAGUGAGCCAAAACUGCACUGCAGAGUGCACAUUGAAAUAAUGAGACAGUAUUCACUAUUACUUCAAGAAUUCGAAUUGAAUCUAUUAACUCAAAGCACCUGACAAUUAUACUUAAGGCACCAAGAGGGGUAACUAGGACAGCAGGGGCAAAUGCAUAAGCUACAAAAUUGGCAACCUCUCCUACAAUCACUGUUUUGCAAAGCAUAUAAAAGGAAAAAAAGUCAGAGGUAAUCAAAAAAAUAGUGCAGUACAUAUGAAAUAAAUUAACUAAAGUACUCUUUCCAAGAGCAAUGGUGAUAAACAAUCAGCUACGCAAUAGAAACAACUCAACCAUCCUUUAUUUACAAUUACAACAACAACAACAUACCCAGUAUAUUCCCAACUUAGUUGGGGUCUGGGGGGUCAAGAUGUACGCAGCCUCACCCCUGUAUAUCAACACAGAGGAGGCUGUUUAAGUAGUACGACCCAAGAUGCAUUUGUGCAUUGAUGUGUUGAUUUCCAGACUUCACCAAAAUUAAGAAACGCUGGAAUCUAGAUGAGCCAUUUUGAUCUAAUCCAUUAUUAGCACAAAGCUAAAAGAAUUGUCAAUGAUGACUUUUCCAGCUCAACUAUCCAUUAUUUAAAAAGAAAAAAACAAAAACAAACAAACAACUCAACUAACCCUGAAUUUUGCCAUCCUAAACAUUAUGAAAAUCCCUGCAUCCAACCUUUUACGAUAUCAACCAGUUUAUUACCCAGAAAUUUAAAUAAAGUUAAUGUUAAUGAUUAUAUCUUGGGUAUUCUAACACACCCUUUACAUUCUUAACACAGCUUUUCACAAUUCCAGCACAAUCCUUUACAUUUUCAAACUAAAACCAUAACCUAAAACCAACAACAGAAACUUUGCCCUUGAUACAGACCCAAGGCUCUUUGAACCUUAGGAAAUUCCCCUACGAAAUAACAUUGAUUACGUAAGCUGCAUGAUAAAAUCAAAUCACAAUUGACGACGUACUAGUGAUCAAGCCAAGCCACCAGAGAGGCUCUAAUAAAUAGGAAUGGCCACCAACACCUGCAACAAACAAAAAAAAAAAAAAGAAAAAAGGAGGGGGGCGGGUUAUAACAAGAUUAACACAUGGCAUUAUUGAUCAUCAGAAAGAGGGAUAUCCCGACAAUGUCAAUCAAAGUACCAGCUCGGACACCAGAGGCGGCAGCAGCUCUUCUAAGACCCUUUUUCUUGAUGAUGAAACUGGCUCCGAUGAACCCAGUUGAAAGCAGGGCCAGAAUAAACCCUGUAAGAUUGUCUGUAGAGAAACCCAUGAUUGAAAUUCUCAACUUGCUUUCCUUUCUGCUUCUUUCUUCUUCUCUUCAUGGAAAAUCGAAAUCUUCCACCCAAUCAAUCACACCAGUUUUGUUUCUCCUGGAAUAAAUCACAUCGGACAAUCCAAUAAUUCUCUUCUUGCCAACUGCCAAGUCAAUCAUAAACGAAUAUUUUAUAUAUUUCAAUCAUCACUUUCUUUUCUUCUUCUUUUUUCUUUUUCAUUAUUAUUGUCAUUAUUAUAGUAGGUGGCGAAAUG